AACUGCAGUUCAGUUGGUAUACAAUAGUAUACAUACGUGGGUCUACAUUUUGGCAUAAUAUAAGUACAGACACAAGGAUAUGUAGGUAGACGAACAGGCCUGUUUUGUCGGAUUAUAUUAGCACUUGGUCAUUAUUUUACCUGCACAUCUUUCACCCAGUUUCGCAUCUCGUCGUCUCUCUCUUCAUCUCCUCCUCUGUCCCCUACUACGACGAAUAUACUUAUUUAUACGAGGACUAUUUUCUGCUAGCAGAUUCCCUCUCACCUUCGUUGGAACAUAUUAAUUUACUGACGGCGCUGUUAAUCUGCUAACAACGGCUGUAAAUUAUAUUUUUUAUCGUUUAAUGAAGCAAUAACUUAAGAAGGAACUCAAAUAUUGAAGAUCUGAAAAUUCUAGCGAUGAUUGAUAAUUAUGGAACCCACUUUGAAGGAGUGGUGGACCUCAAGGCCUGAUACGGAUAAUGGCACCUUUUGUCACUCCUCCUCUAAUCACUUUGAUCCCUUGAGAUUCGACAUUACUAACAUUGGACUUCAUCAUGAGCAUUUCACUGCCACCUUAUUGUUUUGAAAAGCUACCAUGGUUCUUGUCAGUUGAUGAAUCUUGCGUUUUCAAAUCACACAUUUGAUCCGAUAUGUUUGUUUAGUCAAUAACUUAUCAGAGUCAAUCCAGAAACUUAACGUAUUUAUGUUGAUAUCGACACAGUCAUUGCGAGCUCUCUUUUUGAAACGUUGUUACUUAACUCCUUGAUGAGUCAAAAUGUAUAUUCGCGUCAAUUCCAUGUCCAUUAUUCGGGUGGGGAGAAAGUUUUCCAGACUGUCCACACUGUUAGUCAUCAUGUUGGUGUCCCUCACCUUUCUCUUCCUCGUCACGCUGAUCUCUCCUGAAGACGCCAAAGUCGUACCCGAGAACGACGCCAACUAUCGACUAGAAAAUGGCAGCCAAAAGAACUGGACAGCCUCUGAGUCUUUUGCAAUGUCGGACUUGCGACACAUUUUUAAAUAUUGGAGCAAACAAACGAGUUCUUUGAAAAAGCAACCUCCAACCAAGGAUGAUAAAAACAAGCGAAUGUCCGAGCUUUCCACCUGGAAAAUAAAUCAGUCCCUCUUAAUAGAAGACUAUAUUGAUCUACGAGACCCUCACUCAUUCAUUCUUCAACCAACCGGAACCAAUGGAAUGGAUGACAUUUCACCAUAUUGUGGAACGGAUAAUGUCAAGUUGCUUAUAAUGGUCGCGUCCGCACCAAAGAACAUCGUGGCUCGAAAUGUUAUCAGAGAAACUUGGGGAUCCAAGCAAGUUUUGUGGGAGAAGGGUUGCCGGUUGCUAUUUAUGUUGGGACGGAGUGAUAAUGCCACAGUUGAUGAGCUUAUAGCUGAAGAAUCAACCAAGUAUGAUGACAUCGUGAUGGAAGACUUUCGCGACACGUACCAUAAUUUAACAUUGAAAUCUGUCGCUAUGCUCAAAUGGGUGAAUCUGACUUGCACCAAGAAUAAUGUAACGGAAUUCCCUCAACGACUUUUAAAGACGGACGACGAUAUUUUUAUAAAUAUUGAUCGACUACUACGUGUAAUUCAAGAGAUGCCUAAUGCAAGAAUGAUUGGGAGACUCACCUGCGGAGCUACUCCAAUUGGCGAUUCUACUUCUAAAUUGUAUAUGCCAAAAUAUUUAUAUUUGGGCAAAGUCUAUCCUGGAUACUUAUCGGGCACAGCUUAUGUUUUGAAAUCAAAUAUAAUUCCAACCCUCCUUGAGAAUACAGCCAUUGUUCCGAUUUUGCAUUUGGAAGAUAUUUAUAUUACGGGCUUGCUCGCACGCCGCAGCGGCAUAUACCCGGAUGAUUCUGCAUUUUUCACGUACAAUCGCAUAGAGCCAAAGGAUGAUUGUGCCUUACGAUUUAUGGUCAAUUCUCAUCAAAUGACACCGCCAGAAAUGAAGAAAAUUUACGCGAAUUUGAAGACCACCCCUUCACUCCCUUGCAACCUGAAGAAAGCCAAAUGGCUCCGAAGAGUUCCGAAGAAUAUAAGCAAGCGGUUGCGAAACCUGUGCUUGUUCAGCAGAUAAUUUCAAUGAAUCUCCUCUUAUAUAUAGUAAGCAUUUAUCUUUACUUUAUACGUAGCACUCCACUUAGUAUAUUUAGUGCAUGUGCACCUUCCUCAAAUUUGUUUCAGACAAGUUCUCUAGUCACUGAUAAUCGUAAUGUGUAUUGACAAUUAAAUAGACUGAUUUAAUCAGAAUCCUAACAUAUGUAGUAGUGCACUUAUGUACUUAGGCUUAAGGCUUAAAUUGUGUUUUGAAGUAGAUAUGUACAUAUUUUUUACUAUUUUCUGCCAAUGUUAUACAUAAUUACUGUAUUAUUAUCUGUAUGUAAAGCUACGGCAAGUCCGGUGAUAUCAUGUCAAGAAAAAAAUCUCAAACUCUGGAAGUGUAAUGGUAGUAUUGAGCAGUUUACUUAAGAAACUAUGAAACCUGAUGGACUAAUUGUUAUUUGCCAUAUAAUGUACAUGCUAUUUUCCGAUAAGACAAUAACCGCUGUUUAUCACCAAUGGAAUAUAUAUUAUCGGUUUGUUACCUUUGCUGAAUAGUCUCAGAGAAGUCUGAUCACUGGAGCCUUGCCUUUUACGAAUUUAUAAUCGAAUGUGAGCCGUCCAAGUAUGUAUAGUAGUCAUUCAUUGUUGGGUUUAGCAGCACUGAUGUAAAACAACAUGACAAUGGGAAGGUGACGCCAAAAUUAUCACACUUUCAUGCCAAUAUUUUAGAAUUAGGCCAAGAAUAAUGUUGUACUGGUGACAACUCAUAAAAAAUAAUGUACGUAAAUAUUAAUUAUUGUUGUCUUUUAAUUGCAUUUUGGAAGAUUAAUUGAUCAAUAUUAUUAUGUUGAUUAUGCAAUAAAAUAAAGUUAAAGACAA